UCAACAAGCUUAGCACAUUUAUUUUUGGAGAUAAUCAAAUACAUACUUUGCUUGUUCCAUUUUUUAUGCAGAUCGGUACACGUAUUCGCCCAAAACCAUGAGAGAACUCAUUUUGUUGAAAGAGUUAUACCAUCAUUGUUCGCGUUAGAGAAGCUUACCGGUCUUGUAGACUUUAAGUGGUGA